UUCUUAGAAAAUGGAACGAGUUAUCGUCAUUUCUGUGCAAUUUAGUUUUAAUUUUUAGUGCGCUUGUUAGUCUAUGAACUUUGAAAUAUUGUGAUAUAUUUUACAAAUUUACUUGGUAUUAAAAACGCGUAAAAUAAUGUCAACUAAAAAAAGCAAAAUGUGCUAAAAUUAAAGAAAAAGUGUUAUUUAAGAAAAUAUACAUAAAGCAGAAGAAAGGGAAAAUAUUAAGGAAAAAUAGAACGCAAGAAUGACACAAACAAUGUCGCUUAAAGUAGAAUCGAAAAAGAACUGUGAAUCAAUUCACAGCGGUCAAUUUAUGGUAUCUCAUUUUGAGCAAGAGUUAGACGAGUAUCAAGAUUAUCCCGAUAACGAUGAUGAGUGCGAAGAAAUUACAGCAGAUACAUCUGGAUCAUCUGGUCCUGUUGCGAGCACAUCAUCAGGUGUUGUUUCUAUGCAAUUGGAAAGAUACAAAUUUCUUGAACCAGAAAGGCGGAUAUCAGAAGUGUAUGAAAUUGAUUCAGAUUUGAGCCAGGUCUUCAACACUCUGAAUGUUACUUACAAAAAAACUUUCUUCUUCUCUCAACUUAUAGCGUACACAUCUAGACAAAAAUUGACGUCACCAAAAUGGAAUCCAUUUAAAGGCAUUCGAUUAAGAUGGAAAGAAAAAAUUCGACUGAACAACGUCAUAUGGCGUUGCUGGCAUAUGCAGUUUAUCAUGAAAAAGCGCCCACUUGUGUGUCAAUUUGCAUCACCAUUAGACGUAGAUAUUCAUAACACACCUCAGGCCAUAAUUUUAGAAGGAAAGUACUGGAAGCGUAAAUGGAAAGUUAUUACAGCAGAGUACAAGAAAUGGCGCCGGUUUAAUGUUAAUAAAGCUCUCGGUACCUCUAGCAAUUUAGAUACGAAAAGUGAGUUGGACACUUUAGAAUGGUCAAAUAACGAUAACUUGUUAAUGUUAUCGGAUAAUAUGUCCAGCGAUACGCUCUUCUCAACUAUUUCACAGUUUCCGUUUCCUGAUUCGAGAGAAAUAGCACGUGCAGGACGAGCUGAUUUCAUUCAACCUUCCCUCGGUCCACUUCAACCGAAUUUCGAAGAUUUUAUGGACUUUGAUUUAGAUAUUUUUAAUUCUUUAACCAACAAUCGUUUAGCGCCGGUUCCCGAAGAACAGACUGAAGAGCUUUUGAAAGCUAUUGAAUUUCCGAUGAUUGGAUCCAUGGAUACAUCCAAUAUGCAGGAUAUAAUGACGACAAAUUCAUCAAAUGUGCAACAAUCUGUCAUUCAAGGCACAUCAGCUUUGAAUUUAAAUCAACAUCAAAACUCAGCAAACGCAAAUCCACUUCUCUUUACAGCCACUAUUUACUCGCAAGAUAUGUCUCAAAGUAAUCAACAACAGCAGCAGGAAAUAAUACAAAUGCAACAAAAUCGCCAGCAAAUCAACGAAUCAUCGUCGCAAAGAAUGAUAACAAAUUUAGUUCCCUUCAUUUCUGGGGACAUUACAAUGAAUGUACAAGCGCAACAAUCAACGUCUGAACAAAUGAUAACACAAUCAGUAGAUGUUGAUGAAAAAGAAGCUUUUAAAGGAAAAUAUCCUCGAGGAUAUUUGAGAAAUCAGUUACCAAAACGUGAACCACAUAACUAUGAUAAAUGUCAACCAACGCCACAUCAAACAACAAUUUAUAAUCAAAUGCUUGCACAACAAGAAAAUGCACAGAUUUACAAUAAUAAUGUUUAUGGAGAGAAUCUUAACGACUUUUCUAACAUGAGUCACAUAUCAACAAUACAAACAACAACGACAGCAAAUAAUUUUAAUCCAUCACCUGCUUCAAUGAUGACAACACAAAAUGUUCUUAAUUUGUCAAAUAAUCAAAUGACGAAUUUUAACAAUAAAGUGAUGAUGCAACAAACAAACCAAAUAUCAAUGGAACAGCAGCAGCAACAACAACCGCUAACAAAUCAUAACACACAUGAUUCAUACAAAUCACCACAAAGUCCGAGUUAUCGUUAUCAUCAUGGAACGCAACCAUAUAAGAUUCCAUCUCAAACUCCAGGAUUUAACGCGACAAGUCGAAUAAUGAUGCGUCAACAAUCGCCGCCUCAUAUUGGUGGAUCUGCUAGUGGUAUAGGAAAAUCGAUGAGUUUCCAACAACAGAAUGCAACAGCAGCUGCUAUCAAGGAAAUGUAUCGUUCAAAUAGUUUACCGAUAAAUGCCAAUAUUCAAAUUUGCCCGAAUGAAGUUGCAGUUGGUGAUAAUUUUGCUGUUCCAAAAUAUCUUCAAGCUUCGAAAAAAGAAAGAAGAAAUAGCGCAGUGAAUUUGAGGAAUACUCCGCUGGUGAUGCCAACACUUCAAUCAGCUACAAGUGAACCAGCUUUGAAUGUUAAUAACAGUGCUUUAGCUCAACUUCUUACAAAUUCGCCAUCAUUGUUAAAAAAUACAAAAGCUCACAGCAUAUCAUCGAGUGCCAUGUCUGGGUCAGUACCUCACCAGCCAGUAAGAGCUAAUAGCUUUACAUCAUCUUCUUUAGUACAAAACUCUAUUCUUUUGGCUACAAAUGCCAUCAGUGGACAGCAGCAAAAAACUCAAACGAGUAGUUCUACACAAAUGCCAAGCGGUUCUGGCAUUUAUACACCGACUUUAUCACCAGAUUCAGCAUUUCAAGAUACACACGAUUCAUCUCAUUCACCGGAGCGAUGCUUAAGUUUAAAUAAAUUUCAUCCGCGAGAUAAUCAGCGACGUGCUGGCCAUAUUCAUGCUGAGCAGAAACGGCGUUAUAAUAUUAAAAAUGGAUUUGAUAUGCUUCAUAGCUUAAUCCCUCAAUUGCAACAGAAUCCUAAUGCUAAGUUAAGUAAAGCUUCAAUGCUUCAAAAAGGAGCUGAAUAUAUCAAGCAACUUCGAAUGGAACGUGCAUCAAUGGGCGAACAAAUGGAAGGAUUGCGAAAGGAAAUUGAUCAGUUAACGAAUUCAUUAAAUCAUUUACAAAACUCACUUCCGGCGAACGGGGCACCAGUGUCACGACAGCGUACUGGGAGAGUUCGGGAACUUUAUCAAGAUUACAUUAUUUUGAAAACCAUGGGAAACUGGAAGUUUUGGAUUUUUGGCCAGAUUUUUGAGCCACUUUUAAAUUCAUACAACUCAACUGUGUCAACUGUUAGCAUGGAUGAACUAAGACGUACUACAAUGUUAUGGAUUGACAAUAAUUGUUCGUUAAUGGAAGUUCGACCAGCUGUGUCUAAUAAAUUGAGGGAAAUUUCGACUACCACAGAUAUUUUAUCUGACAACCCAACAUCGUUGCAAGAUGAAGUUAUCAAAGCUGUUAAAAAUGCCAGGCCACGACUUCAUGAAAAUCCAAGAUAAGGAUUAAACUCAUUUUUUAUUUAAAUUGUUACAAUCAUUAUUAAAUUUUCUUUUUUUAAUUAAUCUUUGAAUUUUAUCUUCUAAAUAUGUAUGUUAUUGUUAAAUAUUGCACAUGUCUAACUUAAUUCAAGAUAAAGGAUAAUUUUAGAUUUUUUUGAUUCAUUUAAAAUGUCUGAAAAUUGAUGGAUGUAUUGGAGUUUUUAAAUAUUCGGUGCCUUAUUAAUCUGAAAACAAGAAAUAAUAAUAAAAACAUAAAAAUUGUCAGGAAGGCAUUCACAAAAUUAUUUGUUGUUAAUCUAUGUUUUC